AUUUCGUUAAAAUAUUAGUCUUUCUUUGACCAUACACCUCGUUAAUUUCAUCUUUUAUCAUGACCGGCCGCGGCAAGGGAGGAAAAGGACUGGGCAAAGGCGGAGCGAAGCGUCACCGCAAGGUUCUGCGUGAUAACAUCCAGGGCAUCACCAAGCCGGCCAUCCGACGUCUGGCUCGCCGUGGUGGAGUGAAGCGUAUCUCUGGCCUGAUCUACGAGGAGACGCGUGGCGUACUGAAGGUGUUCCUGGAGAACGUGAUCCGUGAUGCCGUGACGUACACCGAGCACGCCAAGCGCAAGACCGUCACCGCUAUGGAUGUUGUCUACGCGCUGAAGCGCCAGGGCCGCACACUGUACGGUUUCGGAGGUUAAAUUUUCUCCCGCUGAUAAACGUGCUGUAGCACCGCCAUCGACACAAAACGGCCCUUUUCAGGGCCACCAUCAAUUUUCUAUGCGAAAAAGAGCUAUCUUGGAUUGAUUCA